GUCUGAGUCUGUUAAUAUUUUUAUAGAUACGAUGAACGCAAGGUUGUGAUAUAUUUGGAGGGCAAUAAUAAACGAAGGCGUGGUUUAAUCCUUAAAAAACAGCUGCAAGAACGGCAGUGCUUUAUAUCGUGCAUGUGAAAAAUAAAACCAACGAAGAUAUUAGGCUUUCAUUUUUGUUCGAGUGGCAGUACUCUUAUUAAAAACCGCUCCUAGUACCACUGCAUAAAGACUGACCCAUAGGCACUCAAGAAGUCGCAAGAAGAGAAAUCCGAAGUAAAAUAUUAGAGGUACUUGAGAAUAAAAAUGACGGGCGGUAGUAGCAGCAGCUCCUCCUCCUCGAAGCCGGGACAUCAUGGACCGGCGGAAACGAAGGAGUACAGCAGUCUAAACCCGGCCCCCGUGUUUCUCGACAUGCACCGAGAAUACAGUCGGGAAAAACGGACGGACGCCAUAUCAAAUGGAAAAAUGUCUGGGUCUGGAAGAAUGCAACUUGUGAUGCUGCAUUUGGAUUCCAAAAAAAUUUGUAUUGCAUGACUAGCAAGAAAGGGAAUGUAAUUUUUGCUGCGCGGAUAGGGAAUUUGUCAUGCGAAAUAGGCAUCAAGAAUCCCUCUAAAAAUCUGUGAUGCUACGGCAUGCAUCACAGACAUCAUGGCUGAUGCAAAACGUGCAUGACAAGUCAUAGAAUCUCCCAGACCCAGACAUUUUUACAUUUGAUACGCCAAGGACUACUACAACAUGCUGAUUCAGUAUGGAGAGAAAAAACUGUCUCACUCUCAACUUGUGAUCCGGACCUUCGUCGACACAGUUUGUUAUCAUGCUCGAUAGCCAAGAAAAACAAAGGCACUUUGUACGCGUUUCCUCUUGCAUUUGACGCAUCACAGAUUUAUUUGCGUCUCAUGCUCGUUCUGAGGGAAUCUGUAAUGCUGAAACUGCAAAAAUUUAGGAGUACGACUGAGACAGGUUUUUCUCACGAUAUUCAGCAACCGGUGAUCGAUAACGAACUCCGGUCCGAGAGGUGGCAGGGCCACGGUUUUCAAGGGCACGUGCAAUACGUACUAGUGAUAUGUUUAUGUCAGCUCGUCGUUUCAAAAAAUGUUUUUGUAGUUUUUGUUUCUGGAUGGCAAGUUCUUCCCAUCCCAUUGCGCGUCUUCGCAUGACAAAAAAAACUGCCAGAUUCCCUACGUGGGGCGCGACGAAAUUCGGCCGGGUGAGAAGUUGGUCCGCGAUAUCCAAGUCCCAACGUUUCCGAAAGAGAUAUGGCGUUCUCAAAUUCUACAUUCUCAACUGUUACACGAAUUUGUGAUGCUAAAAGAGCCAUAGGGAAAGGGGCAAGCUUGCAAAUUUUGCAUCACAAAUUCGGCACAGAUUUAGAUCUUGUUUGGCCCUUCGAUAAUCUCUUAUGCGAAUCAGCUUGAUCGUCUGGCGGCUCAUGGUCAUUUUGCAUGACAAAUCAUGUAACAGUUGAGCGUGUAACAGUUGAGAACGCCAUAAGAAAUGUCCCGGCCGCUCAACAGGACGCAGAUUAUCGCAAGAAAAAACUGUUUCACUGUGAACUUGUGAUGCAGAAAACGGAGCACCAAAGUGUUUGUCUUGCUACACCUGCAAGACAUUGGAUUUUCAAGCGUGUUUUCCCUUGGAAAGCGCGCAUCGCAAAUUUUCCGUGUCAUCUGUAACAAACUUGUAAUGCAGAUCUUGCAAAAUCACCACAGUGAAACAGUUUUUUCAUGGCAUACAGAUGGCCCGCGCGACAAUACAGAUUAGGGACUUCGCAAGCGGUAUGUGUUGAUUUUGAAGAGGUGGUGCUAAUAUUGUAAUUUUCGCAUGACAAAGUGAUUCUUGCUUGUUGGUUUAGCAUGACAAAAACUCAACAAACUACUUCAUGAUCAUUUUAUCACAGAAAAAAACAAUCCGGGGCACGACGAGUACAUGCGGGUCAUAUCAAAUGUAAAAAUGUCUGGGUCUGGAAGAAUGCAACUUGUCAUGCUGAAUUUGAAUUCCAAAAAAAAUCUGUAUUGCGUGAGCAGCAAAGGGAAUGCAAUUUUUGCUACGCGGAGAGGGUAUUUGUCAUGCGGAAUAGGCAUCGCGAAGCCCUCAAAAAAUCUGUGAUGCUAGGGCAUGCAUCACAGACAUCAUGGACAAUGCAAAACAUGCAUGACAAGUCUCAGAAUCUUCCAGACCCAGACAUUUUUACAUUUGAUAGGUCAUGAGGGAGAACCAAAAAACCGCGACAGCUCGUAUAACCCGCUCAGGUGUUACGAUCUCAAACGUUACAAUAGAGUCUGAGACUUGAUGUCUUGCCUGAUGAGCAUGACAGACUUGCAGAGCGUUCCACUUUCUGCAAUACAAAGUUCGACAGAUUGUAGUGGGGUUUGGGGCUCUGGAACUUGUCAUGCGCAAUCUCAUGAGAGUUGGCCAGAUCAUGCACUCCUGCGUCACAGAUUUCCAUAUUCUAUUGUAACGUUUGAGAUUGUAACACCUGAGCGGGGUAUAGCUCGUGAGUUCAGCGAAAAUCCGUACAUUUACGGCCACGACAUUGGCUAUGGAAGCGUCAGGUUUGAAAUCGUCAAAGUUGAAAAAAUUUGUAAUGCAUAAAAUGCGAUACAAAAAGUGACUCUAUUGCAGAGGACCCACGGGAGGCAGAUUAUAGUCCUGGUAAGGGUCAAAAGUUGGACUGCUAACUAGCAUGACAGAAGGCAGCUCUUUUGCCCUAAACCGCGUGACAGACUCUUUUCCGGGACCGGGAAAAUUUGUCAUGCACCGACAACAAACUGUAGGUCUAACUGUUAUCCGUUUUAUGCAUGACAAACUAUUUCAGCUUUGACGAUUUCAAACCUGACACAUUCAUAUUGGCAGGAGGACGAGGGAGUCGGAGGAGCUAACCUCCAAAUUGAAAGCCAGGAUGGGAGGUACCUUUAUGAUUCAAAGUUUAUUUUCCGUUUAUGCGUGCUAGUGCUAAAGCUAGACAUAGACAAGCUGAAACCUGUCGCGUUUGACACAUUUUGCAUUUUGUCUUGCAGCAACUCGAAGACGAAUAUAGGUCUUUUUGUCUUUUUGUCAUCGUCAUCGAUGCAUGACAAUCAACCGAAUCGCCUGACAGAUGUCCGUCCCGCCGGCUUGGCGUCCAUCAAUCCAACCCUGGGGACCAUCGGAAUGACACCGAAUCUGGUGGGCAACGAAGGGCCGAUAUCCUGAGCAAAAACGUCCCCGCCUCAUAGUCAAGAUGGGAAAUCUGCUAGACAAAUCUCCAAGCUUUGGGAGUUUCGCAUGACAAGUUUGUCUCUGCAGUGUAGUGCUGGUUAGCAAGGGAAGUCGCAUGAGAAAGCCACUCUCUCAUCCUGUUUACAGCAUUACAAAUUCCAAAACACGACUGGAAAUGCCUCUCAUGGAGCUGCGCAUUACAAACGAUCCGGUCAUUGCGCAUUUGCAUUACAACUCUGGGGUGGGGACGUUUUUACACAGGAUAGCCGAGCGCGUUUGACACCUGGCGGACCACCGCACCCUACGCCUACAAUAUAUCAAAUGCAAAUAUGUCUGGGUCUGGAAGGAAUCAGACAUUUGUCAUGCAUUUUUUACAUCUACAAAGAGGUCUGGAAUGCACACAGAGCAUGACAAACUCUGUGGCAGCUUCUCCAUGCCUAUUCUGCAUGACAAAUGCCCUCUUCUGGAGACAAAAAUCGGGUGCCUUUUGCUGACUACGCAAUACAGAUUUUUGUCUGUUCCAGAAUCCGCAUCACAAGUUUGCAUCCUUUCAGAGGACCCAGACAGAUUUGCAAUGGAUAUAAUACGGACCGAAACAAGAUCUUUGACUGGACCAACCCCCCAUGCUGAGGACGGGAGAGUGGAGGUUUGCCAAGUAGUGCUGCCAGAAAAUCAAAAUUCUUGGCUCCUGAUGGUGAGAUAGAAAUAAAGACUAGCAAUUUUUCUCGAUGUCGUGUCUCAAUACGCAAUCUACUUCUGUGUCAUUAAUAACCUGAAAGCAACAGAAAGCGCCGUGCUUCGCUUGCUCACAAUUUCCAAUCUUCGUAUAAUUAGCACUCUACGUGAUAGCUUCGCUAUAGCAACGUAUCGAUUUAUCGAAUUACUUAAAAAUCCGAACUGCACGCUGUGGUCGUAAAGUAAAGAAAUUGAACAAUAGCUGUGCUUGCCACGUUUCGCGACACUGUAUAUGACAAAAAGAACUUCUACUUCUCUGAAGACGUCGCUAUGACAAAAAUGUAUGCCUUAAUGUUGUAGUAGUCCUACUCUAUCACGAUAGAUUGUGGCCCAUGUAACUUUGUAAUGCUGGUUUCGCUUAAUGCCUGUACCAGGAAUAAAGAGAGUCACGGCUUCGAACUUGGUAGAAGCUACUGCCUGUACGAUUUGUCCAAUAAGAGAGCUUCGAUGAUUCGCGAAAACGCUGACGAGGCUAUCGGUUUACUGUAUAAGCUUGUCAUGUGUCGCUCUGAUACAACAGCUACCAGUUUUGCAGAACCAGAAGCAAGCUUGAAAUACUAAAGCAAGCGUUCGUAAUUCUGCUUCGUCUGCCGCGUCGACACUUUCGGUAGAAAUUUUAUUUACCGAUGCGAUUAGUACUUCGACUUCCUGCUUUCGGUUUCGUCUCGUUGUGAAUUUUGCCAGC